CUUCCACGUGCUUAGUAUUUUACUUUUGUGGACUUAUUUUAACAACUCGAUAAAACUUUGUAAUGAGUUAAUUGUAGAAAGUUUCAGUGUAAUUAACCUUAAAAGGAAUUAAGUGUUGAAUUUUAUUUAUAAUAAUGGCUUCAACUUCUUUGGUAGAACAGCUUCAAAAGCUCUCAGUACCUCAAUCAUCAGUGUAUAAAGAUGACAGAAGAAAAGCCUCCUUACUUUUCGAUCCUAAAGAAGCAGCUUUAAAAGACCGCGAUACUUUUUAUGAAAUUGGUCUCAGUGGUUUGAAAGAAUUAAUUGCAUUAUAUGAAGGUUUCCGAGUGUAUGAAGACUCACUAUACAGCAUUGCCUCAAAAGAUUUUAACCGAGCAGUAGAGAGUAAAGAAGUGAACCAAAAUUUAAAUCAAACUAUUGAAAAGUUUCUUCUACAAUUAUCUCCAUAUUUUCUACUUCAAUCAACUCACAAAGCUUUGGAAUGGUUAGUCAAUCGUUACCACAUUCAUGAAUACAACCAAGAGGCCAUCAUGGUGCUUAUCGUACCUUAUCAUGAGACUAAGAUAUUUAUAAGGUUUGUUCAAAUAUUAGACAUCAAACCUAAUUCCAGAUGGAACUGGUUAGAACCAAUACAGAAAAAGGGUAUUCCACUCACUAAACAGGUUCUUCAUAAUCAAUGCGUAUCAAAUACGGCCACUCUUCAGUUUAUAGCUAAAACAACAUCAAAUUUUGUGACUGAAUUUGGAGAAAGAGCCACACAAUUGAGUACUGUUUUUGCAUUUUUCUGUUCAACAGCUAUUGGAGCCAUAAACACUGCUAAAUAUGUCACUGAAUCUAUAGUCAAUGCGCUGUUACCGACUAUUGUGAAGGGUUUGGAUUCCACUAUAGCGGACUUUAGGUCAUCCGCUUAUGUAGUAUUGGGAUAUCUAUGUACUAAAGCCACUUUGAAAAAGAAGACUUUAAAUGAGUUAACAGUCCGAUUACUCACUUCUGAGUACGAUUUAUCGUAUGAUGCUAUUUUACUUAUCAAUUUGAUCUAUACUAAUCAGAAGCACUUAACGAAAAUGCCGCUCGAGGUUCUGAGUAACAUUUCAGUCGAUGUCAUGAACGAUAUAUGCAAACAUUUGAAGAAAUUGGUCGAGUUAAAGAUAAACAUCCAAGCAUUCAGUUUAGCAUUUCUAUCGAGUGUCUUAAAUAUCGUACAGAAAGACAUUGAGAACUUUCGUUUGUAUUGUCAGUUGCCUGAAAUAUUUGUUGACGAGGUCGAUCAUAAAAAUCAGCAACCUGAAAGAAUUGUAAGAUGUAUAUUGAGUUCAUUGCAUGCCUCAAAAGAUAGCAAUAAUGGAGACGAAAGUGACAUUGAAAUUAUUGAUGAAGACGAUGCCUUCUCAAAUAAAAUAACAUCCUGGUAUUCACAGUUUUUGAAAAACAUAGAAAACAAAUAUCCCGAUGUAUUUGAUAGGGUCAUAAAGAAAGAAAUGAGCUCAGAAUCAAAAAUUUCUAUACAGAAAAGGGUCCAACUAUCAAAAGUACUAGGAUUUAAACCCGCCGUGGCUCAUAAAGUAGGUGGUACUUAUUUAUUCGAGAAUUUAAAUCACAUUAAUCCAGAAAUGAGAGUUGAAGCGGUCAAUUAUAUAGCAAAGGAAUUUGAAUUUUUGAAGAUAGAAAAUUUAGAUUUCGUGAAGGAUUCCAUCCUGAGUAGGUUGGAGGAUGAUAACAUAGAUGUUGUUGAUGCAGCUUUGGACAUCUCGAGCGAACAUCUCAGUGAAAUAUUAAAUGAAAAUGAUCUAGCUAAAACAUUUGUUCGCAUAGUUACAAAAGACUCUAAAAAAUGGCGUCCAGUUAUAACAAAGGCUAUACUCAAAUUCUGUUCCAUAGACACAUUCCCAAUUAAUCAGGAAAUAGUGCUGGCAAUAUUUCCAUAUUUGUUUUCAAAUGAAACAGAAUCAGCUGAGAUCACAUAUAAAAUAUUGUCUUCCUCUUGGGGUAGAAGAUUUGGAUUUGAGGAAAAAGUAUCGAAAAUCAAUCAAUCUAUGAGUGACAAUUAUGAAUUAUUGAACCAAAUAAUUUUUGGAAUGUUCUUUGUGGAAAAGUCUAUUAAUGUUGGUGGGAUACUUGAUAUAAAUCUACUGAAUAAAGAUAACACUCUCGAUAUGUAUGUUUUUAUACUGCUCAAGUUUUGUUCUCCGAACGGAGUAUCGGUACAAGAUUCUAUGGACAUCCUGAAUUUAAUAUUGAAAUCUGUCGAAACGAGAGCCAUUGUUUCAACCGUUGAAAGCUCAUCUUUUGCCUCCGAUUCAAUGACAGAAUUCAUGAAACUUGCUAGAAAAGAUAAAAUUGUAUUUGAAGUUUUGUUGUACAUAUUCUCGAGGAUCAUAGAACAGUUAGAUCAGAAAUCUGUAACUACGCCUUGGUGCAACAUUCUGGAGACGCCAGAAAGGAUUCUCAUCAAACAGUUAUAUGAAAUACUCAUUACUGGCUGUGGGAUUUCAUUAUAUGGGAAACAUUACGCUGGCUUGCUACAAAAACUUCUGGAAAAACUAUUUAAAACCCCCAACGAAAGAUUCGACUUCAUAGCUAACAUAGCAUGCGGGCAUAUUUUAUAUGCCGUUGAUCCAAAGGACGUUAUAAGCCCGGAACUUCAGCUCAGAAGUUUAAAACUAAUGACCAAUUUUGUAUCACAUCAAAAUGAUUUCACAUGGAUCUGUGACUCCGAUGCUUUUAUUUUAUGUAUACUUUUGGAUUUAAAUCAUUCCGUUUUAUCCAUAAGGAAGUGCACGAUUGACCUCAUUCAAAAACUUUUGAAUAAAAACAAUGCUGAAAAAAAUAUUUAUGUGGAGUUGGUCACAGCGUUGAUGUCACAUUCAGAGGAAUUAUUACUUGAUAAUGAACAACUGCCCCAAGCUCUCAAGACUAUUCUCAGCCAACCAUUUGGAGGCCAUAAAGUAUUUAGAAGGAACUGUUUGCUAAAAUUAUCAGGAAUAUUAAACGGAGACGCUCCAUCUCACGUCAGAUACAGCUUAAUAAGAGUUCUAUCAUCUAUAAACAAUACCGCCACUUUCACUCUUAUAUUGCCAGCCCUAAAUGGGUUAGAGAAACUUAUCAAACAAAAUGAGCUAGAUAAGAAAUUUACGUUCGAUAUAUACGAUUCGAGUCUCAUUAGCUCUGUUUAUAGUAAAAUAAACAAAAUCACAGCAACAACCUUCGACCAAGAAAAUGUCUGGAAAUCUAUCGAAAUCGGAUUGAAAGAAUACAGAGAAUGUAUUCUGAACAUAGAUCAAACUUUUGUUAGUCCAUGUGUGAUGAUGUUGAAACAGAUCAAUGAAGAAGUAUUUUCAAAAGUUCCCGAUGAAAGAAAAACCCAACUGAUCCAUCUCAUUACUUUCGCCGGUACUUUUAGUAACAAUCCCAACAUAUCGAGUGCGGCUUCAAAAGUCAUGAAGAAAAUACAUUUAAAUUUCAAAGAUUUCAAGCCUAUCCUCGAUGGAAUGCUGAACGCUGCGGAUCCCGCUGGCAAUGUGUCCAAGAAAAAGAAGGCUACGGUUUCUAUGCUUUCGUACCAACUUUCUGAGACGGACGAGUGGCGUCUCGGAGUAACAAUUUUAGAAUAUGUCCAGAAUAAGAAAAAAAUGACUGUGGAUAAUUCGUUCAUAUCAUUGCUAUUUCAAAUUCUAAACAAGUGUUUGCGGUUUGAAGAACAAUCUUACGUGGAAUAUACGAAACAAUUAAUACUUUCAUCUCUAUGGUAUUUCUGUAAGAAAUUCGGAAGCGAGACCGAUAAAGAGGAGCUUAAAAUGCUGAAAGGCUUAUUUGAUAUUGAAUUGGUUGUGCAAUGUAUCCGAGGAACUCAGAAUCCACAAACGCAACAUCAUGCAUUAAUCUUGUUGUCCCACGCUGCGUACAUGCUACCAGAACAAGUCCUACAUCAUACGAUGGAAAUAUUCACGUUCAUGGGGUCAUCCGUGUUAAGGCAUGACGACGCAUACAGCUUCCAAAUAAUUACAAAAAUAAUCGAAACCCUUAUACCUAUUUUAGUGAAGUUAGAUAAAAAUGUAGAUGAAUAUACUGAAAAAGAAAUCCAGCAGUUACAAAAACGUGUUGUUCCAGUAUUACGAAUAUUUGCCGACGUUGUUUUGCAUGUACCCGAACAUAGAAGAUUGCCUCUUUAUAAGAAACUCAUAGAAACUCUCGGCCCAAAUCAGUUCCUAUGGGUGUUUCUGGCUUUGUUACUGGAGACCCAUAUUACUCAUUUUAGUGAUAGUAAGAAACCAGAUAAAGCACCUCCAAGAAAUCUGGCAGAGCAAGAAUCUCCCGUUAACAGAAUGGACUUCGGACAGAACAUCCUACUCGAGUUUCCGCCGGAGGUGGGCUUGGAGAAUUUUAUCAAACUGACUAUAUACAUGAAAUCAUUGCCUUUGCAAAAAGAUGAGAAUGCUAUGGAAUCAGACAUAGACCCAAGUGAAAUAUUUAGUGUUAAUGGCCACACACCGAUACAGUUGAGACAUUACAAGUAUGUUAUUGUCACAUUUAUGAAUACUUGUCUAUCGUCAUCGAGAUUCAUUCACCACAAUUCUCUAGCUACUGAUAUAAGAGUAAUGGAGUCACACUAUAAGACGUAUAUAAUUAAUAUAUUAACGUUUAUUCAAAGUGUAUCGAAGAUUGGUGAUGAGAACCCAGCUAAAUACUGGCGUGUUAUGCUGCAUCAUAGCUACGAUCUGUUGGAUCACACAAUAAAUUUGCUUUCGGCUCCAAUGUUUCUGUCUGUUGUCCGUGGUUUGCUAAAACAUACACUGAAAACUGUUCGACGAAAAUCUAUGGAAUUGUUGAAUUCGAAGAUACAGUUCAGUCCAGAAAUGUUUAAUGAUGUAGACAAAGAACUCGUCUUCUCAUUGCUACCAGCUUUAUUAGAUAUAGUGAAGACUAUCGGAAACCAUGAUACGAAUUUGGAUGAGAUGGAUGCUCAGGAAUUGGAACUAAAUCAGCAAACAGCUUUACUAUCAUUAAAACUUUUAGCAAGAAUGUUGGCCGCAGAAAACCGCGAACCUUUCAAACCUGUUUUAGAAACUGUCACGGAUUACACAUGUGAUGCUUCGAUACCUGGCAAUGUCAUGGCUUCUAUAGUUCUAUGUUUAGCUGAACUCUGUAGUAACUUAAAGGCACACGCUUUGGGAAGUCUUAGAAAAUUCAUGCCAGCUUUGAUCAAAGUGUUAAAGAAACAAAGAAAAUCAGAAACUCCAGAAUUAGUUUUACUUAGUACUGUCACUGCGAUAUCAAAGAUAGUAGAAAGUCUACCAUUGUUUUUGAGUCCAUAUUUGCAAAAAAUACUUUACGAGUAUGCAAUAUUAUUGGCGAAAUGGCAAGAACAAGACCAAGAAUGCAGCAAAGUUUCAGCUGUCGUGUCCAAACUUGUGAAUAUUAAAAAGAAAAUAGCCGGUUCUAUUCCUCCACGAGUUUUAAUACCGGUAACAAACGAAACUCAUCAAAUAAUUCUGGAAAAAGAAAAUUACAGCGCAGUGGGGCCUGUUAUGUCGAUUUUGGCAGAUAGCUUCGCUAACGUCACAACUGCAGACUUCAAUGCCUUACAGCAAGAUUUAACGUCAUUCUUCUUAACCGCUUUGCAAUUACGAAGUGAUGCGUCUAAUAAAAAAGUAGACGCUAAUAUAAUAGAUUCAGCUGAGGAUGAAGUAGUCAAGGCGCUGGUCAGCCUGGUCCUUAAACUAUCUGAAACCAGUUUCAGACCAUUUUACUUCAAGAUAUAUGAUUGGGCUAUAAGGACAAACAUUGAAGGACAUAAAGAUAGAAGUAUCACAUUUUACAGGUUAAGCAGUGCUAUAGCAGAUAGACUGAAGGGCCUGUUUGUUUUAUUCGCUGGACACUUUGUCAAAAACGCUGCAGACCUAUUAGAUGCCUGUAAUAAUAGCAAAACCGAAGAACUCUACUUUGAAUCCGAGGAAAAAGAUAUUCUCCUCAUUAAUUAUAUCAUAAAGACCUUGCACAUCGUGUUCUUAUAUGACAAUCAGAGUUUUCUCAACAAGGAUAGAUUCGAGACGCUAAUGCAGCCAGUGGUAGAUCAAUUGGAGAAUACAGUUGGUGGAAUUACGAGUUUUAAAACCAGAGCCACAGAACUGAUAAUUCCUUGCAUAUCUCAGUUUGCCGUUGCCACCGCUGACGAUUCACUGUGGAAACUGUUGAAUUAUCAAGUGUUGUUAAAGACUAGACAUAACGACGCUGAGAUCAGGCUUAUUGGUCUAGACUGUUUGGUAGCAAUGGCUACACAGUUGGGUAGCAACUGGCUCCCUCUACUGGCGGAGAGCGUCCCAUUCCUCGCCGAGUUACUUGAAGACGGAGAUCAAAGAAUUGAAAGCGCCACAAAGAACGCUGUUCGUACUCUUGAACAGAUACUCGGGGAACCCCUCGAAAAUUAUUUUUAAACUAAUCGUUUCAUUAAACGUUUAUGUUUAAAUUUA